AUGAAGCUUAGAUGUGACGGAUUGGAGCGGUUGCCGGCACCCUGCUCUCGAUGUGAAUCAACCGGGAAGAAUUGUGUGAUAGAUCGGAGCUUUCGACGCGUAUCUCGUAGAGAUCGGCUUGAUGAGCUAGAAAAGGACCUUCGUGCACUACAAGCAGGUGUUGAAAAACCUGCCAACCUCAACAACCAGUCUAUUUCAUCUGGGAAUAUAGAAGAGAUCCUACCCACCAGCGAUCAAGCUUCUACGCCACUAAUUGACUCCGGUGAAAAGAUUGACUUACCAGACUCACACGCUCUCUUGUCUCGAUAUCGGUCCGUCCUACUUCCUCAUCGCUUAGAGGAUAUAGAACUUCAGCCCCAAGAAAUAAUUAAGCAUGUAAUAUUGUUCUAUCGGCAUUAUCAUGAACACUUCCCGAUACUUCCGGAUAUCCAUUAUUUACUUCAGAAUAUACAGACCAGUCCGUUGCUGGUCUGGGUGAUUGUGGCCAUCACGUCCGCUCGACGCCCACUGGAGCAAUACUUACGGGUUAAACUCAUUGAGCCUAUGAAACGCCUGGCUGGAGCCUCCAUAAUGGGAAGUGAUUCUCCGUCCAUAUUCUUGGUUCAAGCAUUGUUAUUGCUUUGCAACUGGCCGAUGCCUUUCAAAGCAACAAUCACCGAUCCAUCUUGGACGUAUUGCGGAGCUGCCGUGAGCAUAGCUCUGCGAAUCGGCCUUCACAAACCCGCUUUCCAAGUCGACUUUAUGUACGGAUUUAGAGGCGAUGAAGACGGGAUUGCCUUGCGGACUAGAUCAUGGGUGGCCUGCUUCAUUAUGCAACACAGAGUAAGUAUCAUACUUGGCCUUCCUACAAUGAUUAAGCUUGACCACACCAUUCUCGAGAGUAUGACAGGUUAUUUUCCUCACCUUCCGCAAUCUCUACAAAGGAUGCUGUUUCUUACCUACAAGAUCCAUAACUUCUCGAAUCAGCUUGGCCAGUGUGAAUCCACCAAAUAUGGAUUUUCGCCAAACCCACUUUCUCUUGUUCAAGGAUUCGAAAAGGAUUUGGACCUAUUUCAAACAACAUUGAAGUCUAGACGCGAAGAAACCGCGCUACUUUCUGCAAAGCUACAUCUUUAUUCAUAUCUUCUAAGUCCAUCGUUGCAGGACCAUGACGCUACCGAAUCUCUAAAAUUAGUUGAGGGGCACCACAUAACAUACUACGUCGGCCAAGCUUACUCCUGUGCCUCCAGGAUUGUUAAUCUCAGUUAUGAUAUGUUUUCGCAGGACCCCGGGAUUGAGAGCUUCGAAGGAGUACAGGAAAAGCGUCAUUGGAGCGUGGGUUGGACACAUGACCUCAUGUACGCAAUGAUGGUUCUACUUUGGAUAGUUAAGCUUUCAGACGUUGAAUGCGAUAUAGAUGCGGCGGAUUCUAUCCUCCGGCAGGGGAGAAAUAUCUACAAACAACUUAUGACUAUGGAUGAUGACCACCAUUCAAGAGUUUGCGACCUUGUCGAUUACAUCACCUGCAUGGAUUUUAACAACCUGAAAGACAGCCGAACUACAUUGAAGCAGACUUUUAUCCGGUCCAGAAUGAGUGCUAACAUUAUCUGGAAUGUGGUCUACGCUGCUAAGAAGAGAUUUUUUGAGCAAAGACGAACGCCGGGAGACAUCGAGUCAAAUUCGAUUGAUAUGGUAUGUUUUUCGGCCGAUCGCCCUGGCUUGGAUGAUUUGGAACCAAAUACAUACACUGGAGAUUUCGGUAAUGAUAACAUAUCAUGGAUCGACUGGGACUCCUUUUUGCCCACGGACGGUGCAAACAUCAUCUAA